AUGGAAAGUUUCUUCCACCACCACCACCACCACCACAUGAACAACUCCACCACCACCACCACCACCAACAACAACAACAAUGAUGCACAUUUACCACCUGGUUUUCGUUUCCACCCAACAGAUGAAGAACUCAUAACAUUCUACCUUCUCAAAAAAGUACUUGACAACACUUUCACUGCAAGAGCCAUAGCUGAAGUUGAUCUCAACAAGUGUGAACCAUGGGAACUACCAGAAAAAGCUAAGAUGGGUGAGAAAGAAUGGUACUUCUUCAGUUUACGUGACAGAAAAUAUCCAACUGGGUUGCGUACAAAUAGAGCUACUGAAGCUGGUUACUGGAAAGCAACAGGAAAAGACAGAGAGAUUUAUAGCUCAAAAACUUACUCUCUUGUUGGUAUGAAGAAAACCCUUGUUUUCUACAGAGGUAGAGCUCCUAAAGGUGAAAAAAGUAACUGGGUUAUGCAUGAAUAUCGCCUUGAAGGCAAAUUUGCUUACCAUUUUCUCUCAAGAAACUCCAAGGAUGAAUGGGUCAUUUCACGUGUGUUUCAAAAGAGCAACACUGGAAACGGUGGCACAACCGUGUCGGCCACCACAAGUGGUUCAAAAAAGACCAAAAUAGCCUCAACAAACUCUGCAAGCAACAAUAGCAUGAGUCUUUGUCCUGAACCAAGUUCACCUUCUUCGGUGUAUCUUCCACCUCUUCUUGAUUCAUCUCCUUAUGCCGCGGCUAGCACCGCCGCAUUCAACGGUGGUCAAAUGUGUAACUACAAUAGCUCCAAUAACAACACUGAACAAAAGGAGCACGUGUCCUGUUUCUCCACAACAUCUACAACAUCAAAUGUUGUCUCUGUUCAAAACAACUUCAACAACAACAAUGGAAGUUUUGAUCUUGUUUCUCAUAUGAAUGCAAACAUGGAUCCUUUUGCAAGGUUCCAAAGGAAUGUUGGUGUUUCUGCUUUUCCUAGCUUGAGAUCAUUACAAGAUAAUCUUCAACUUCCUUUCUUUUUCUCCCCGGCGGCGGCGCAGCCUUUUCAUGGUGGUGGCGGUGAUUUUCUUGGUGGUUGGGGAAUGCCGCCGGCCGAGGAUCAAAGGGUGGUGGUUGAUGGUGGUGGUCACACAAUGGGAGUAUUGGGUUCAUCUGAGCUUGAUUGCAUGUGGAAUUACUAAUUAUGGAUUAUGGAUUAAUUAAGGAUUAUUAUAAGACUUAAUUGUGUGGUACUACUAUUUGUUUUCAUAAUUAGGAUUUAAGUUUUCUAAGAUUGACUAUGUUGGAUUGUACUAGAUUAUUGUUACUACUUACUAGCUAGCUACCUAUGUUGUAAGGGUAGUUUUGGAAUUGUGUGUUUUGUUAAUGUGUUAGGGAGCCAUAUGGGGUAUACCUUUGGUGGAUAUUUAUAAUUAUUUAUGAUUACAAUAUGUGUU